GUGGCUGCCAGUGAAGGCAUCACCAUCAUCAUCAUUACCAACAUGGCCGACGUGCGCGCGCGUACGUAAACCUCCUUGGCGUAAACAGCGUCAACAGAAGAUUCGAGUCCUGCCUGAACUGCACCUGAACAGAGACCGGCGGACCUCGCGCUCGGGCUGCCAUGGACCCCCAGUGGGCACGCGACGACGAGGAGAACAGCGAUGAGGAGGGGUCCACCGAGGACUACAAACAGGCAGUAGAUGGCGUCAUCUUCCUGAUCGACGCCACCAAAAACAUGUUUAUUGCGACAGAUGAAGAGGAUGCAUUUACCCAAUGCCUGAAGGCUGCCAAGAGUACCAUGUUGAACAAGAUCACCAGCAGCCCCAAGGAUAAAGUGGGGGUAGUACUCUUCGGAACGGAGAAAGACAGCAACCCCAGUCGCUUCAAGAAUGUGUACGUCAUACAAGCCCUGGAGUGUCCGGGAGCCACAACGGUGCUCAAUCUGGAGUCGCUCAUCAAAGACAAGAAGUCUCGAGAGCAGUACGGGCACGGCAACGUUUGCCUCGCGGAUGCCCUCUGGACUUGCGCCCUCAUGUUCUCCCAGUGCCCCGUGGGCCAGCGGCGGCUGCUGGUGCUGACCAACCAGGACGACCCGCACGCGGGUUCGGCCCAACUGGACCAGCGGGCACGCACCAAGGCCAAGGACCUGCACCAGUCCGGGGUAGAGGUGGACCUUGUCCACCUGCAGCCACCCGGGGGAGGGGCCUUCCGUCCAAAGCUGCUCUACCAGGAUCUGGUGAGCAAGGACGAAGUCUAUGGCGACGAAUUCCCUGAGGCCUCGGACAAGCUGGAGGAAUUGUUGCAGAGGGUGCGCCUGAAGGACCACAAGAAGCGGCGCCUGGCGUCGCUGCCCUUCUGCCUGGGCCCUGGACUGCAGCUGUCCCUGUCCCUGUACAACCUGGUGCGCCCCACGAGCAAACCCUUCCCUGUCCGCCUCGCCAAGGACACCAACGAGGAGCUGCUCAGCCGCAGGCUAACCUACGCCCAGGACAACGGGGAAGUUCUGAUGCCCGGGGACAUUGCCAAGUGCCAGGAAUACGGGGGCAAGAAGGCCCUCUUUGACCUCUCCGAACUGAAGCAGAUGAAGGCCAUGGCACCCCCAGGACUGCAGCUACUGGGCUUCAAGCCCCUGGAGCGGCUGAGGGCCCAGCACCACGUGCGGCCGUCCCACUUCGUGUACCCAGACGAGGGCACCAUCCGGGGCAGCACGCGCCUCUUUGCGGCGCUACUGCAGAGCUGCCUGCGCCACAAAGUGGCACCGGUCUGCUACUGGGUCUCUCGAGGAGCCCAGGCACCCAAGCUGGUCUACCUGCUUGCACAGGAGGAGGAGAGGGACUCCCACGGCCUGCAGCAGAUGCCACCGGGCUUCCACGUGGUCCAGCUGCCGUUCAGCGACGACCGACGCCGCCUGCAGGGGCUGGACUGCCGCUCCAGCUCGGCACCACGCUCCCUGGUGUCUCUGGCCAGCAAGCUGGUGCAGCAACUGCGCUUCCCCUACCACCCGGACAACUUCGAGAAUCCUGAGCUCCAGAGGUUCUGGCGCUGCCUCGAGGCCCUGGCUCUGGAUCGGGACGUCGUGGAGACUUCCGUCGACUACACCCGGCCAAACCACGACAAGAUGAAGCAAAAGGCAGAGAAGGAUCUGGAGGCCUUCACCAAGGCUGCCUUUCCGGACGGAUGUGCCCCUCCCACGGCAGCGAGGAAACGAAGCGCCGGUCCCGGGGAGGCGGCUGCGAAGAAGGCUCGGCCAGACAGCCGUACCGGGGCGGUGGACGUGGAGGAAGAGGCCAGACGUCGCAAGCUCUUCAGUCUGACGGUGAAUGUGCUGAAGGAGUAUUGCAAGCGCAAGGGCCUCCGGUGCCCGGCCAAGAAGGCCGAGCUCAUCGAGUGCAUCAACGAACACCUCGACCUCUGAGGGGCACUCCGCCACCGACCCCAUCGCGUUUCGUAAGCUGCGGCUAGCUUUGCAGAAUUCCUGGGUGCAAGCUCCCACGGCGUUUCUAAAACUACCGUUCUUUGUAAGCUAUAUCCUCCGCAAACUUGGAGUCAUGAAAUAGAGUGCAAACUGAAAAGUGGCCAUGUUGGUAACCUGACGACUUGAACCUAAAUAAUGAGAACAUCUCUAGUGCAUGCGACUACCGCGAUAUUCUCAGAGUUUACCUGCCCUAGAAGGCAGCCCACCGUAGUAGUACAGUGUUUGGCUUACUGUUCGAAAAAUUACACUUUGCGUCGUUUUGUUGCUGUAAAUUGGCCCACACUACCCACCUAUUGUCUCUCGGGCUCCUACUGUACAUCUUUUUUUCUCGUUGGUGUAUGUGUCAUUUUAAUUACGGCUGCCAUUUUAAUUACGGCAGGUGUCUCUUAACCUCUUUGUUGAGUUCCAAGUAAUGAGUUAUGUACUACGUUCUCCAGCUGCUCAAAACAUGGUCGUGUUAUGUUCUCCUCACAAACUUGUUCACUGUCACUUUUCUCGGUUUAUGUACUUACUUGUGUCUAUAGUCCAUUGCAGAUCAAGAAGGUAGGGCGAGGGUAAGAUGGGCUGGGGAGGAGAAAGCAGACGGAACGCUGUAGAAGAAUGGGAAACCUUCUCUCUUUAGUGUUCCGUCUGCUUCCUCCUCCCCGACCCCUCUUACCCUCGCCCUACCUUCUUGAGUUGCAACAGACUAUAGCAGAUUGCACCAGGGUGAGCAUCAGAUGUUGCCACAGCCUGUGGGUCUCACAUUUUGCUAGCACGCCUUUGGGCUCCGUGGCUUUGCAUUUUUGUUGUGUGCGGGACACACUGAUAUUUUCAGAAGAGUAACUAGCAUGUUUUGUGCGCUUAAUAAAAGACCUAUUGCAUUCAGUUUUAA